UUUGUGACUAUUAUUAGGUAAAUAGUUUAUUUUCAAUCGAAGAAAGCACAUUCGAUCUCUUUCAUUGUAAACUCGAAGAAUGAACUAGUUUUUUUGUGCAGACAUUUCAAACUGAAAAUUUUCAGUUUGCGUAUUAUUGUGUGAAGUCGCAGUUCAAAACAUUUUUUAAAUUUUAUACAUUUAAGUAACCGUUAGACUCCGAUUGGGUUUCAAUUGAUAGUAAAACAAAGACAGACUGAAGAAAACAAAAACGGAGAGCCUAACGUAUACGACAGUGCAACAGGUGACCGACACAACGACCCUCGACAUGAUUUUGUACGAUUUGCAAAUAGAGGCGGGUGCAGGCGAGGGCCCCGGGCCCCCAGCGAACAACAACGCAGAGGGAGCAGCUGGGGCCCAGCGGGACGACAACCAUAACGCCCCCAACCCCCCCACGCCGCCGACGCCGCGGGUCACCCAGCUCACACCUUCAGAAGCCCUGAAGCUCUACGCAGAAAGGCUCUCAGAAUGGGAGCGGACGGAGAUCAGGAAGUACCCCGAAGUGUGGUUCAUGGGGCUGGAGGCCAAUAAAGUGCAGGCCAGGUCCAACCUGCCCAACAACUGCGGGUUUGACGACGAGAAUGGCAGCUAUAAUAAGCAAAUACACGACCACAUAGCAUACCGGUACGAGAUUUUGGAGGUCAUAGGCAAAGGCUCCUUCGGCCAGGUCAUAAGGGCACUGGAUCACCGUACAAUGCACCAGGUGGCCAUCAAAAUAAUCAGGAACAAGAAGCGGUUCCACCACCAGGCGCUGGUGGAAGUUCGGGUCCUGGACCACCUGCGGCUGAAGGACAAGGACCAGUCGCACAACGUCAUCCACAUGCUCGACUACUUCUACUUCAGGAACCAUCUGUGCAUCAGCUUCGAGCUCAUGAGUAUCAACUUAUAUGAGCUGAUCAAAAAGAACAACUACCAGGGUUUCAGCUUGAGCCUGAUCAGGCGGUUCGCCAGCUCGCUGCUGCGGUGCCUCAGGCUCCUGGAGGCAGAGAACAUCAUACACUGCGAUUUGAAACCUGAGAACAUUCUCCUCAAAGCGCGAGGCAGUUCAUCCAUCAAAGUGAUAGACUUCGGCAGCUCGUGCUACACACACGCGCGGGUGUACACCUACAUCCAGUCCAGGUUCUACAGGAGCCCCGAGGUCAUCCUCGGCCUGCAGUACGGGACGCCUAUAGAUAUGUGGAGUAUGGGAUGCAUCCUUGCGGAGCUCCACACGGGAUAUCCGCUGUUCCCGGGCGAAAACGAGGCAGAACAGCUGGCCUGCAUCAUGGAGCUGCUGGGCCCGCCUCCACCAGACCUGCUCCUCCACGCCACUAGGAAAAGGCUGUUCUUUGAUUCAAAAGGCUCACCACGCAGCGUGACGAACUCCAAGGGCCGCAAACGGCGACCAGGUUCAAGGACGCUGUCCACGGCGGUGAGGACUGACGACCCGGCCUUCCUGCACUUCCUGCACAGAUGUCUUGAAUGGGACCCCAAACGGCGCAUCACGCCCACCGAAGCGACACGCCACGAGUUCGUGACCGGCUGCGCGCUCGGCACAGCCCCCAGUGGGGUCCUGGCGUUGCCUCGCCUGGCGCCUCCGCGGCCCACGCGUGGGGCACUACUGCACUCGCAGUCGGCCGGCGACGUGGCCGCCAUGUUGGGGCGCGCGUGA